AUGGAUGUAUUCUAUGCUUAUACCUACUCCACAGCGGGAUGGCUCUCACUGCAGAGCAUAUCCUUGAUCACCGUCCCGCAGAUCAUGACAACCUUGCUGUUGGACGAGACCAGAUCGGCUUCUGAGAUGGAGAUAUACUUCGCACGGUGCCUGGGGUUUAGUUUGCUCACCAUUGCAGUCCUAACGGUGAUGCUGACGGGAUCGAUCCCUUUGAACUCCACGGUGUCGGAGCCAGUGACCACAGAAGACAACGAUCCCAAGGGACCAUAUGCCGUCCCCACAUUGAUCGUAACAGGGCUUUUCCAGGGAUUUUCUGCCUUCUACGCGUAUACCCGGUACUUGUCCUCGGGUCACACUGCCUUUGCUAUAGGGAUGAUCGGGUACUCAAUGACGGCCGCCAUUGGGCUCUGGUGUGUACUCUUUGCCAGCAGUAAUGGGAAGAUUAGUCGGAAGACGGGAGCAGACAAGAGAACGGCAGGAUUUCCAUUCAAAAACACGGAGGCAGCUAAGAAACAUGCGUGGAAGAAAAGCUCAUGA